AUGGCUUAUGAUGAAGAUGAUGGAGAAAUAAACUUUAAUGAACUUGUGGGGAAUUUGCUAAGCUCACAUAAUCAAGGGGGACAAGAGGAAGAAGAAGUGCAAGAACAAGAACAGAGAGGAGAUGAUUUUGACAAAAUAAGUUCUACCAACGAAAACAUAGAACCAGAGCACCCAAGCGACAGCCAGGAUGUGCAUAAUCCUCCUCACCAAAACAUCGAAAUACCGCAUUUUGUUGAUGAAGAAGAUGAACUAGUAUCUGUCGUAGCAAACGCAGUUCAGAAUAUUGACGAUGAACAAGCCAAACCAGAGGGCCAUCUAGAAAAUGAAUCAGAACAUGUGGCAUCGGACACAGCCGAUGAUAAUCAUGAAAAGGAACAGCAGCAAGAAUGGGCUCAUAUCUUACAGCAGGAAAUAUUGAAAGCGGACGGAGAGCCCUUGCGGGAGAAUACAGAAAGGCGUGUAAGCACCAGUCAGCACCAUCCCUCUCAACGUACUGAUGACCCACUUGAUCAAGAUGAUGAAAAUUUAAGGAUGGCUAUCCUAGAAUCUCUACAAGAACUAAAUACAAAUGAGGAUGAAGAGGAAGAACCGGAAAAACACGACCAUGCUACUUCUAAUGAGAAGUUGCCCAGCAAAAAGCCUUCAAAGAAAAAGAGAAAAGACAAAUCCAAGAACAAGGAAUCCUCAAAGGACAAAUCCUCAAAGAAGAGCAAAUCUUCUAGUCAUUCUAAAAAGCACACCAAAGAUCGCAAUAAAGAAAAGCAUAGUAAAGCUGCUGAUAAUGAUAAUACUCUUGAUCUCAGUAAUAUACUAGAAAAUCUGAUUCAUGAAAAUGAAAAUACUGCGGUAGGCACAGUCAAACAAGCAGUUGACAUUCAAGAUCCCUCUCAUACUGAUGCGAACACUGAAGAUGUGGAAGCACAAGCUCUAGUAGAAGCGACACUAAAAGCAUUUGAAAAUGAAUUGCUAAGCUCUGCGCCAACCGAAGAGCCUUCGCAAGAACAAUCGAUUGAACCUGCAUCUUCUACAAAAGCGGCUGAACCGCCACGAAAACCGACUGCUGAUGAUAUUCCAUUGGCUAUGUUGCAGGCUUUCAAACCCAAAAAGAGGCCUCCUCAAGAGAAGAAAAAAACAAAAAGUAAGACUUCCAAACCUACAUCUACAAAUAAACUACCUGCAUCUGAAUCAGCUUCUAAGAAAAAGAAAAAGAAGAAAGCUGUAAAAGAAAACAACAAAUCUCACGAAGCAUACGAAGAUGAUGAAUUUUCCAGAAUAUUAGCGGAUAUGGUUAAUCAAGUGGUCAACACUUCAUUAAAAGAAACAUCUACUGCCACUCAGGAUAAUAAAUUGGAGAGCGAAAGUGAUUUUGUCUCGCCUGUCCAAAGCCAAUAUACCGCUGGGGAUGCAAGCACGGCUAAUGAUGACACCCUUGAUUUGAAUCAAAUCAUGCAAAAUGCAAUGGCUAUGGUUUUCCAGAAUCAAAACGAUGCUGACUUUGAUGAGAAUAUUGUUCAAGACUUUAACCGUGGUUUAGGCGAUCUGAGCGUUUCCGAUUUACUCCCGCAUGAUAAUCUUUCUAUGAUGGAAAAGAAGUCGGUGCCCAAAAGUUUGAGCAAAUCUGAAAAGAAGGCGGCUAUAUCGAGUAGGAAGGCUUCCAAAAAGGCAUCGAAAGAUGUGUCAAGUAAAGAAAUGGCUAAGUCACCUUCAAAACCGAAGAAACCAUCCAAGUCAGAAAUAUCUUUGGAAAAGAAGUUACGUAAGAAAUACGUCUCUAUUGCCAACGAGGCUGCAUCUGUAGCUAGAAAGAAAAGAUGGGCUAAAAACAAAGAACUAAAGGAAAGAGAGAAACUUGAACGUCAAACUGCUAGAGAGGAAAGGAGACAUAAAAAAAAAUUAGAAAAGCAGAGAUUGGCGGAAGAACAAGAGGAACUAAAAAAAAUUGUUGAACGUGGCCCACCUUAUCCCCCAGAUUUAAGAGUAACUAAAAGUGGUAAACCAAAGAAACCAUAUAGAAGAUGGACUCCGGAAGAGCUAUUGAAAAGAUCACAGGAUGCAGAAAAACCGAGAAAAGUGAAGAAAGAAAGAAAGAAAAAGGAAAAGAAGGUGAAGAUACCUUCAUCUACUUUGAAAAAGAUUCCUCUCUUCAACUUCGUUAAAGAUAAUGUUCAGACUAGUGCAAGACACCGUCUGAACGACAUUGAGGGUUCUUUAUCAACCAUAGGAUUACACAAAUCGCCCGACGGUAUCCGUAGGAUCCUUUCGAGACCAAAGAGUGAAGAUCACGAAUGGCCGCUGUCAGAUUCAUCUACAUCCCAAAAUUAUGAUACACAUCUGAAAACAGUUGUACAUAAAGAAAAAAUUCCUUUCCAUCCCCCAUGGACUAUACCCUCUCAACCACCGUUUGCGCUACCUGUAGCAAGAAGAAAGAAAAUACCAAACAUAAAAAAGUAUAGAAAAAGAAACAAUAACUCCUUCCGCAUUUCCAAGGAAGGUAUGGCAAAUGCUAGAAACAGAAUUAUACCGGCCAUAUUACUACCUAUAAUAAAUACACUGAAAGCUGCCGCAAAAUCUCAAACUGCUUCUGGUGCCACACCGGAAGAAGCAAGGAAACGGUUAGCAACUAUUAUUCAGCAUGCUAAGUCCACAGUCAUCAGGGCAGCUUUACAAGCAAGGAAGAACAGCAUGCAAGGCCUUAACUCUAAAGCAACUACUACAGAACUAACAAGAGCUGCGCCUCAAAUGAAGAAUCCACUAAGGAUGAUUCCUAUUUUCAAUACAUCUCGAGUAAAACAACAAUUAGAAAAGCGACUACCUGCUAGAACUGUAGAGAAGGAAAUUGCCUGCUCUGUGCCUCCUAAUGAACCCACAUCUGAUCCCCAUUCUAGCUCUUCAAUCGCUGGGCAAACAUUCAAAGGCGUUGCCAUCCCAAUUAAGAUAGAAGAUAGCGAUGGGAAUAUUCCUCCUGCUAGUAUAACGCCUUCAACUACGGAGCCAUUACAACAUAAAUUAGAACUUACGAAGAGUGCAGAUAGUGUAGAACCGAUGCAAAAUACUAUUGAAGCAGCAAACGGCACCGAAAUUGUACAAGAAAUUAAAGAGGUUGUCGAUACCAACGCUCCAGAUGAAGCUAUUCCAGCAGAAAACAAGCCGAAUGGGAAUUCAGAAGUUCAAAAGAGUGUCCUAACCGAAUCUUCUGAUGUCGAAAAGAUGGAUGAAAAAAAUCCUGGCAAGAAAAUUGGCACAAAUUUGAACGAAGAUGAAAGCAAGCUUGGUGAGAAAGAUGUGGAUGAGAAGGCUACGUUUCAUUCUGGUAUAUCCCAGCAUAUGGAUAAUGAACCAGAUAAUGCAAAUACUGCAACAGAAAAGCCCAAAUUAAUUGAUAUAUCUCAUAAACCGUUAAAUGAAGCAAAACCAAAAAUCCCCAUCAUAUUCCCUUUGAAAAGACCGCAAAUUAAGCCUGAAGCUAGCGUCAUUAAUUUGGUUCAAAAUUUGGUGAACUCUAAAAUGCCCGAAAUAAAGAAUGAAUCGGUUGAUCUAGGCAGUAAUAUCACCGACAUCCUUUCCUCCACCAUCACUAAUAUUUUGCCCGAAAUCACAGCUACUGACGUUAAAAAUUACCAGUAUGAAGAUGAAAAUGUAAAAUACUUGAAGAAGACGCCAAGGCAGGUUUUGAAUCUGGAUGGACUAGUUCCUCCAUCGGGCAGAUGCAUUACUAAAGCUAAACGUGUCCGCCGUAUUAAAAAGCCUUCUACUGAUGGCUCUACUGCGCAGGAAUCUAACGCGAAAGCAGGCAGCGAAUCCAUUACUUACGCUUUCGACAUACCAUCUCCGGAGGAGGUACAAAGUAAGCGUAGCGUGGUGUUAAAGUUUGCCAAGGCUAGAUUGACGGAGGCCGAGUUGAAUUCUCUAAAGAAGGAAAUUAACAACGUGAGGAAAAGGAGAUGGAGGGAGAUGAACUCUAUUAAGAACUGGGAAUAUGACGUAAAGUCUAGAUUAAAAAAGCGUGCAAAUGCAUUUUUCGGAGAAGGAGAAUCAGAAACGAAAUCCAAAUGGAUCGAAGAAAGAUUUCAAGAAAAGGUAAGCCAAGAGAAGUAUAAGGAUCGGCUUGAAACUACUGAAACGCAAGCGAACAAUACGAAGAUUGUAAUUGAUGACAAGGAAAUUUUAAAUAUCCUUGCAGUAAACAUGAAUAGUCUCAACAAAGCUCGCUGCAUUGAAAAAGAUAUUCAAGAGUCGUUCAGGGAGGAAAAGUUAGCCUCUUUACAACCAAAGAAGAAGAGAAAGAAAAGCAUUUCACACUAA